AUGAUUCUGAAUUUAAACACGCCUUUUCUUAAAAAAAUGCUUAUAUUUAAAACUAUAAUUACAAUAAAGGGGAUAUGGAUAUUAAUAAUUUGCCACAAAAGCCUACUAUACCGACUUUUAGAAGGUUUAGUUGAAUAUAUAGACACGCACGGUCAAACUAUAUAUCGUUAUAAUGAAAUAGCUGGCGCGCGCAAACAUACUCAUAAAAAAGAAACACUUGGAGAUAUAUAG